CAUUUCGCCUCCCCCGCCAUUACUCCGCGCGCGCCUCCGCUCAAACUUCUCCGCCGCAGCCCGCGCACCACCCUUCCUCAUCCGCCUCACAAUCCUCAUCCUCACCACCCUAGCUCUAAUCCUCGCCGCCAUCCCCGCCCAAAAAGUCUCGACUACUACUACGAAGAUGACGGCUCCUCACCCGCCCUCGACCUCUUCGUCCUCACAGCCGCUGGCUCCUCGAUAGUCUGCACUCUCCCCUCGGUCCUCAUCCCUGUCGUCUUCUACAGUCAGGUAGGGAGCCCCAAGUCGUUCCCUCUUCGCCUUCAUCGCAAUCGCGAUGCCGGCGCCUCAGCCGUACCGUCAGGCCAGAUCUACCGUCUCCACCCGGCCCUGACGCUGACUUGCGAGACGCUCGCGACCUUUGGCGUGCUGGCGCAACUCCUCCUCGCGGGUCUUUUGGGCUUCUGGGGGUUUGGGUCAAGCGCGGUGCUGACAGCGGCGUUCGUGAUCAUGAUCCUGCCGUGGUUACUACACUGCUAUCUGUUCGUUGUGGCGUGUCGAGAAUGUCACUUCCUGCGGAAGGAGCAGAUCGCUAAGAGCCGAAGUCUAAAAGGCGGACUUGAGGGUGGUAGAGCUGUCGAUGGUGUAGAGGCGGGGAAACCGACCAACGCGGAGGGGCUGGCUGGAUGGGUCGAAUUGCGGGAGACGGACACGAAUGGAAGCCAGACAGAUGCAACGGCGCCGCGGACCGGUGGGACAGGUGGUGGCUUGGGCGGUGUCGGGAAAGGACUUUGA